CAAUCACAUUGCUCGCCCACGAAUUCGCGGUUACUGAUUGGACGAAUUCGGUUGGCGAGCGUGAUGACGUUUAACGUUGCUAGCGAAAGGGCAAAAAUAGGAGGGAGGAACCCGAAUGGAGGCCGUCGGUGUUGAAGAAUCGAUACAAUCGAGUGAGAAAGCUGCGUUAAAAAACUGCAAGAGUACGUUUUAAUAUUUCGGGAUUUGAGUCGGAUAGCCUCUGUAGAUUUCGCCGAGUCGCUGUUCCGGUCCCCGGAGUUUGCUGUAGCCUCAGUUUGUGGAGCAGUGCCUUCUUGUUUAUAUUGUGCAGAACCCGAGAUCUGGAGUAGGAGGCCCGUCGCGCGACUGACAGUUGGAGAAUAUGAAACGCUCUUCACAAUGACGUCUCGAAUCGUGAAAACCUACAGCCGCAAGGCAGGCGACGGGACGUCCAAGUUCGACGAGGUCCUGUCCAACAAGCGCGCCACACUCAGCACCAAAUGGGGCGAGACCACGUACAAAGCUCAGCUGGGAUCCAAAAGACCCGGCGUGAAGGCCGACCGACCCGACCGGACCAAGAAGCCCAAGACGGCGGAGGACGAUGGCUCUGAGGACCCGUUCGGGUUCGACAGCGACGACGAGUCGAAGCCCGUGUCGUCCCGUAACGCGUCCAAGUCCCCGGCCAAGCUGGGUUCUGCGGAGGCCGGUCUGACCCUGGAGCCUAACAGCAGAGUGAACCAGCCCGCCAGCGUGGAGGCGGCGGCACCGGGCCGGCCCCCGACCCGCACGGCGCCCACGCUGAGUGCAGAUAAGAGUUCCGUUUGGGUCCCGGAGGACUCGGGGAAGUUCUUCAGCAGCUCCACAUCAGACAAGAGCCACAGCUGGUCCAGCGAGAACACGGAGCGUCACAGCUACUCGUGGUACAAAAACGCUUCAGAGAGUGACCGCAAACCGCUAGCCCAGACCACCACCCUGAAGUCGGAAAAAUCUGAAGCCAAGGAUUCGUUCGACGCGUGGGGCGCCAUCGUCGGACUGGGGUCCCGCUCCACGUCUCCUCUGUCGGCCUUCAGAGACCCUCCGUCCAGCACGUGGACCUCCAGCAGCAGCCUCCUGACCAAACCCCCUGCCGAGACCCGUGUCACCGAGGUCGGUCAGGGAGACCUGGAUCUCCCAGUGGAACCUUCGGAAUCGGAAGAUCACUCGCAGUCGCUGCUCAGGACCUCCAACUGCAGGACGUACUGCAGACCCAACAAAAGCAAGCCGUCCGCCUUCGGGGGCACGUCGAACAGCGACGGUGCGGGUUCCGCGAAGACCGGCGACAGCGAGGGCAAGAGCCGGGGCAGGACGAGGGACUACACGGUGCUGCAGCCGUCCAGCAUGUCCGCCUGCAACGUCACCAUUCAGGACUCCAUGGAUCGGGGAAUGGAGGAGUACACACAGAGUGCCCCUGCGGCUGAUCCGGGAGAGGCCGGGAGACUGAGGAAGAAAGCUGAGCCCGAGACCAAACCUCCCAGGUCCAGAUCCAUACAGAACAAGACCAAAAAGGAGAGCAAGCUGGACCUCUUCGGCUUCGAUGACGGAGACGCUCCCUCCGCGGAAGGAGACCCCGCCUCCUCGGGCGGCUCCAACUACAAGAUCAAAUACUUCGGCUUCGACGAUCUGAGCGAGAGCGAUAGCGACGGGGGCGAGGACGAGGAAAAGCCGAGGAAGACCAGGAGGAUGGCCUCCAUGCCGGUGGAAGUUUCCGGCGUAGCUAGUGUAGACGUUUCUCGACCUAAAGCACCUCAGGAGAACAGCAGCACAGGUCAGAAACUCUACCUCGAACGAGAUCCUUUGGAGAUACCUGAGGUGAACUCGCGCACCACGCCCGAGGUGCCGAAGAGGCCUCAGGUCAAACCUCAGGAGAAAGUCAAGGAGAGCAGCAGGAGGAUCUUCAGCGGACCCAAACGGUCUCCUACUAAAGCUGUGUAUAACGCAAGACACUGGAACCAACCAGAACCUGAAGAGCUGCCACCUCCACCUCCAUCUGCAUCACAGGCUGCUCCGGCCUCGUCAUCCAGCAGCAGCAAAGAGUCGAGCUCGCAGAAAGGAGACGAGGGUGUGUUCAAGACUCCGCCCCUUCCGCCCAAAGUCACCAAGUCGGUCACUGUGCCCACUGAGCCUUACCAGGACAUCGUCACUGCACUGAAAUGCCGGAAAGAGCACAAGGAGUUAUAUACAGUGGUGCAGCACGUGAAGCACUUCAACGACGUGGUGGAGUUCGGAGAGAACCAGGAGUUCACGGAUGACUUCGAGUACCUGGCUACGGGCCUGAAGAGCGGCCAGCCUCUCAACACUCGCUGCCUUAGUGUUAUUAGCCUGGCGACACGCUGCGCUCUGCCCAGCUUCCGCAUGCACCUGAGGGCCCGGGGCAAAGUGGCGCAAGUCUUUAAGACACUCAAUGAUGCCCCCCAGCACCCUAACCUGGCUCUAUGCACGGCGUCCCUGAUGUACAUCCUGAGUCGCGACCGUUUGAACAUGGACCUGGACCGGGCCAGUCUGGAGCUGAUGAUCCGCCUGCUGGAGCUGGAGCAGGACAAAACAGCAGACAGCCAGCUCUCGGCCAAAGAGAUGAGCAAAGUGAAGGAACGGAUCCGCAAGCUGUGCGAGACGGUGCACAACAAGCACCUCGACCUGGAGAACAUCACGACGGGGCAUCUGGCCAUGGAAACGCUGUUAUCACUAACAUCGAAAAGAGCAGGAGACUGGUUCAAAGAGGAGCUCCGGUUACUGGGAGGACUCGACCACAUCGUGGAUAAAGUGAAAGAGUGUGUGGAGAACCUGAGCUGCGAGGAUGAUAAGGAGAAUCUGGUGGCCUCUCUGUGGGGGGCCGAGAGAUGUCUGCGUGUUCUGGAGAGUGUCACCGUGCACAACCCAGAGAACCAGGCCUACCUGAUCGCCUACAAAGACUCCCAGCUCAUCGUCUCUUCGGCUAAGGCCCUGCGUCACUGUGAGGAGAUGAUCCAGCGGUACACCCGGGACGUGAACAGGAGCUCGUCAGGCUCGUCACAGCCCCACUGCAGCGUGGGUAAAGCGGUGCAGGACUGCAUGAGGGCCGUCAUCGGUGUCCUGCUCAACCUCACACACGACAACGAAUGGGGAAGCACAAAGACGGGUGAGCAGGAGGACCUGAUCAUCACGGCGCUGAACUGUGUGCUCAGGGUGCCUCAGUAUCUGCCCCAGGAGCAGCGCUUCGACAUCAGAGUGCUGGGUCUGGGCUUGCUGAUCAACUUGGUGGAGUACAGUGCGAGGAACAGACAUUGUCUGGUGGAGAUGGAGAUGGAUGGAGGCGAGCUCUGGGAUUCAGUAUGUGUGUCUGACAAAGAGGAGCUGAACACAGGGGGCUCACUGAGUGCCAUCGCGGCUCUGGUGAAGCUGUUCCUCCAGCGUGAACACGCUGCCGUCCUGGCCGAAGCAGAGACGGACGACUUCAUCAACGACGUGCCCGCACAGCCACUGGACCAGAGCGGCGAGUGGCAGGAGACUUCUGGCGAGAUCCAGUGGGUGGCGUCGGAGGACAAGGGCACGGACGAAGAGACGAAGAAGAAGGACGAGGACGAAGAGGAGCUGGACCUCAACAAAGCGCUCCAGCAUGCAGGGAAGCACAUGGAGGACAGCAUCGUGGCCUCGUACACUGCACUGCUUUUGGGCUGCCUCUGUCAGGGAAGCCCUAUGAACGUGAGUACUGUGCGGGAGAACCUUCCCAAAGGGGACUUCUCCAUCAUGACGGAAAUGCUGAAGAAGUUCCUAAAUUUCAUGAAUCUCACUUGUGACAUGGGCACCACGGGCCAGAAGUCGAUCUCUCGGGUCAUCGAUUACCUCGAGCACUGCUAGUGUGUGAGCGGAGGUCGACUUGACACACACACACACAUACAGACACACACACACUCAUACACAGACACACACACACACACACACACUUGUCCAGACAUCGGAAUGCAGAGACCCACCAGCAGCUGGGCGUCAGCAGUGCUGUUCCUCGUUUCGGAAGAACCCGCUCCUCGCUAUGCUCUGAUGAUGUCACGCCGCAAACCAGCCUUAGAGGAACACGCAGCGCACGUUUUUUUGCCCCCCCCCACCCCCCAAUUUGUUUAUCACUCGUCAGUUUAGUCUCAGGAGCCGAGCGAUGCGGUGUAGCUCCGAUUCCGAAAACACCCCGGCAGGUUCGAACCCGAGCGCACCAGGAAGAAACGGCGUGUGUCCUGGCGUGAGAAUCCUGCCGCACGACUAGCAGGACCGCACAGCGCGGUUAGCUGAAGUGUUUAACCGCUCCAAGAUUCCACGCUCCAGUGCUCAGUUCGGCUCGGCUCCACGAUUUGCAUUUUUAUUUUUUAAAUACGUCUAUAUUAUUAUUAUUAUUAUGAUAUAAUUUAUUUGGAUUUAAGGGCACUGCAUGAUUUUUAAGCUGAAUGUCAGUAUAAAGCCCUUCAAGUCCCUAGCGUUUAACCUCUCUCUUCCCCAACACGUGUCCCGACGCCGUCGUUCCUUCUGUCGUUUCUGUUGACGCCUUUUUCCCCUUCACACUCGAACACACAGAAUCACCACACGUUUAUUCUUUAUUCCUCUGUUGAUGAAAUUGGGAAUGAAUUCACCGUCUAGUUGUACAGAACAAGACAUACAAGGUGUUUUUAUUAUUAUUAUUAUUAUUAUUAUUAUUUACUUUGGAUCAAUGCGUAUUAUCAAUACUUCUUUUUUUUUUUUUUUGCCUGCUGCGAACGUUUUGUUGGUCGUUUGUCCCCUACAGAAACAGUGGUGUCAUUGUGUGUGUGUGUGUGUGUGUGUUCAGUGCGCUAACCAUGGCCCGUUACUUAACUCUGGAAAUGAAUGGAACCACACAGAUGUACAUAUUUCUGUAAAUACCGGCUCUUGGAAAUCUAGAACGAUAGACUACUUUUCAGAAUCGAACCGUAUUUUUUAUUUUAUACAGCUUUUCUUUUUUUGUUGCUUUUUUUUUUUCUUGUUGUUCUGUUUGUUUGUUUUUUUCUCCCCCCCCUCUCAGUUUUGUUGGUCAGAUUUAAGCUGCGUCCAAAAGCCAACUUGCAGGAACCUGGACACUUUGUUACCGAUUUCAAAAAAACAAAAAAACAAUGCCUUUGAUUACUUGUAUAUAAUUUUAACUUGAAUAAAAAGUUGUUACUUUCACUA